AUGGCAGCAGCCCAAUCCGUCUUCUUCAGCAGCCCGGCCAAAUGGAUCUGGUUAUCCGACUAUGACGACGUUACCUUGUCGGGGCAGUUCGUUCUCUUCCGCAAAACUUUCUCCCUCACUGCUGUGCCCACUGGUGAAGCGCUCCUCCACGUUUCGGCAGAUACCAGAUAUAGACUGUUCCUUAACGGCCAACGAAUUAGCUUUGGGCCUUGCAAGGGUUACCCGAGCCAUUGGAACUACGAGACCGUCGACAUCCAGCCACAUCUGCAGGCUGGACGUAACGUUCUCGCCGCCAGAGUUUUGCGUUUCUCUUUUGUACAUGAUGGCUGCUUGAGCAUGACUAGGACACCCUUUGCGGGCUUGCUUGUUCAUUGUCAGUUCUCUACCAAAUCUGAAGAAGUUUCUCUUCACUCAGAUGAGUCAUGGAAGUUGAAGAAGGACAAUGCGACCCAAUUGGUCGGUCCCUCAUCCUGGGACUACCGACUCGGCCCGCCAUUCUUAAACCUAAAUGAGCAAGUAGAUGCAAGGCGUGGUACCCGAAAUUGGCACACGAACGAAUACAAUGACGACGCCUGGCAGCAUGCUGUACCGGGUUUGCCGCACCGCAAGAUGUCCCCAAUGCUGGAUCCUCGCCGACUCUUUCCGCGCACGAUACCGACCCUGACCGAGAACGACGCGCGUUUUGAUGGCGUGGUGACCUGCGAUGGAGCGAUCCCGCAAGAUGACUGGCAGGCGAUGAUUGGCGGUGAGGCGGUGGUCACGAUUCCCGCCAACACGAGGACUUGGGUUGAGGUCGAGAGCAGCAUCCUGACCACCGGGUUUCUUGACCUCGCCUGCGAACACCAAGGCACCGAUGAGCAAGCGUGUUCAUUUGAGAUCCUCUAUUCCGAGUGCUACGAGUCUCCUAUGGAGAAUUUCAUGAGCCGCAACAAAGGAGAUCGAACGGAUUUCAGGAACGGGCGACUGUACGGCAUGACAGAUUACUACACGGUCCACGGCGGCGAGAACCAUUACACGCCGUUCUGGUUCCGAACAUUCCGGUACGUGCGCCUGACCGUGAGCACAAAGGACGCCCCAAUCGUCAUACGAUCAUUCUCUUACCGGUCGACGCACUAUCCGCUCAACAUUCGCUCUACCAUCCAGACGUCGUCGGCGCUGACAAGAAAGCUUUGGGACAUCAGCAUUAACACGCUGAAGAACUGCAUGCACGAGACGUACGAAGAUUGUCCUUUUUACGAGCAGAAUCAAUUUGCUAUGGACUCUCGAAGUCAGAUUUUGUUCACCUAUUUUCUCUCGCGGGAUGACAGACUGGCGCGGAAGGCUAUGCAAGACUUCUAUGCCUCACGCCGGGAGGAUGGCUUGGUCGAGACGCACUUCCCUAACCCCGGCCGUACCAUUAAUAUCCCCACAUUUUCUCUCUUCUGGGUGCUUAUGGUGCACGAUCACAUGGUGUACUUCGGUGAUGAGAAGCUGGUGGAGUAUUACGCUGGCGGUGUGGACGGCGUGCUAAACUACUUUGAUGCGCGAAUUAACGAGCUCGGUCUGGUGGGCAAGUUCGAGCCCGACUGUUGGGCUUUUGUAGACUGGGUAGACGACUGGCACACGCCGGGGAUUGGGUUUCGAGGCAUGGCGGUGCCCAAGUGCUAUUACAGCAAAGGUUCCGCGACCUACCACUCCCUCGUUUACGCGUACGUACUCUUGCACGCCGCCGAGUGCAUGGUCUUCAUCGGUCGUCGGGACACCGCAUUGGCGUACCGACGUCGCCAUCAAUCUGUCCUGCAAGCCAUACGCCAACACUGCUUCGAUCCAGCCACGGGACUAUUUCUCGAUGGCCCGGGCAGCACUGGGGAACUCAGCCAGCACACACAGAUCUUCGCGGUGCUGGCAGGACUCGUUGAGGGCCAGGAGGCCGCGCAGCUCAUCCGGCGAGCCAUCCUGGAGCGCGAGCAUCUUGGGCUAGCUAAGGCGAGCUUCGCCAUGGGCUUCUACCUCUUCCGCGCGGCUAGCAAGGCAGGCGUCUAUGAGGACUGCUGGGACACGCUGAUUCAGCCUUGGAAGAAGAUGAUCGCCGACAACCUCACAACCUGGGCCGAGAGCGAGAGCACGAUGCGCAGCGACUGUCACGGUUGGAGCGCCACGCCGCUGUGGGAGAUCGGGACGGAAAUCCUUGGUGUACAGCACAAGAGCCAGACGUAUGUAGACAAGAUGCUCCUCAUGGAUGGCGGCAAAAGGCACGAAGAGGGUAUGAAGAAUGUUCAAAUCAUGCCCAGACCAUCUCUACUCGACGACAUUGUUGCAGACAUUCUUGUAGGCGAUGGCGACAACGAGGUGGUGCACAUCGUAAAGCACUUCGGCAACAAGGAUAUAGAGAUCAGGCUCCCUUCAUACUUGAACUCGGUAUAG